UAGGCUGGCUGGCGCAAGGCGGCGUCUCCAGGACCGCAAUAAGGGGGUCUCGCCACGGCUCUAUUGGAGCUAACACGAGAAAUCAUUGCACGGCGACAAGAGCAACUCCAAGCAGACAGCGAGCAGUAACAACGCUGUGUCCUCUCCUUCUCCGCCCAGCAUGUCGAACCUCACGCGGCCGGCAGCAGCGUUGCUGCUGUUCGUCGGCAGCAGUCGCGUCUCGUCGUUCUUGCCUGCCAUUCCGCAGGCCUUCCGAGCUGGUGGCUCCUCCUCCUCCUCCUCCUCCUCCUCUCGGGUCGCAGCUCGCAGAAGGGCCGCCCUGUGCUCGACGUGGAGCCAGCAUGGCGUCGGCUGCUUUUCAAACGUCAACUUGGUGGUCCCAGGGAGCAGCAGCGGCAGCAAAAGCAGCAGCAGCAGCAACAACCAGCGACUAGCCAGCACGAGCAACAGCAGGAGGAGGAAGAGGGGGAGAGGGGAUUAUCCUUCUGUUUGGACGUUAGGGAUGAUUGUAGGGGCUGGCGAGCAGCAGGGGGGGGGGGAGGAGACGGGCGCGUUUGGUCCGCCGGAGUACGAGAUCCCCGCCCAACCUGGGGCCGAGCUCGUCCGCUUGGAUAUGGCCGAAGUCCCGGUUGAUCGCGCACAGAGCUUUGUUAGGAACUGGGCGAAGCGGCGAGUCGGGCCGGAGGUUGACCCCGGCUGGAAAGGGACCGUGCGUCUAGCACAGGCGAGGCCGAAGUACGGGGUGCCGCCAACGGACAUGCCGGUGUCGGACUCGAGGACCAACCUGGGCGCGACGCUGAGUUUUGACGGCAGUCCCUCGGACGUGAUCAACAUCGAGGUUUUCUACUUGAGGCGAGGAGGAAGCUGCGUGAUGGUGACGAGAGGCCUAGACGGCCUGGCACGGCUCGGCGGAAUGGGUCCGCAGAUUGCUUCCCUCGUGAGACAUUCAGAGGACGUCAUCAAGGACAAACUGCAAGACGACUUGGCCAGCUUCGCGGACGGUUACCACGACAGGGUGCUAAAGGGACUGGCCCCAGCCGCGGAGCCUUACGAUGAGGAGGGGGAGCAGGACGACGAGGGUGAUGGUGGUGGCAAACAGCAGCAGCAGCAGCAACCGCAGGCGACGGUGCUGCCGGACGGAGUCAUCGACGUGACUCCAACAGAACCCCCUCCGGCCGCGCGAAAGAGAAAGAAACCGCCGGCCCCGUGGAUGGAUGGAUCGGCCCCGCCCCCGAUGGAAAGGAUGGAAGACUCGCCAGAACGGGUGGACCUCCCUCCUUGGGUGCCCGCCGAACAGCAAGAGCAUGAGGUUCCUAGCAUCGACACUCUGUUCGACGAGGUCGACAAGCCUAAGUUGGACGCGGAGGUCUUCGAGCUCUUCAAGACCAUGGAGAAAGGGGAGAAGGGGGAGGAGACAGUAAUCGGAGCUGAAGCCAAGGGUGGCGCUGACUCCUUUUUCGCCGACAUGCGGGCGGGCAACGGCACCAAGGAGGCGGAGCUGGUGACCCUGUUCGAGGCGGGCAAGAACGCCUCGCGAAGGGGAGGGGUCGACGAGGCUAGCAUCCCUAUUUCGAGCGACCUCCACCAGCUGGAGGUGAUGCUCGGCGGAGACACGGGGCUUCGCGGUGGCAUCGACAUCUUCGCGGGACCCCCUCAGCCCAUCGGCGGGAGAGUCGGUGGGGCGGCGGCCUCGUCAUCGAGUGAAGCGGGCUACAGGGGGGAGGGCGCCAAGGCGUGCGAUGCUGACGGGGAGGGGGGUCCGCAGAGAGGAACGUAUACCAUGUUCGACGAAUACGGAGAUCCCGUGCUGGAGCUUACGGCGGAGGAGAUGGACGCCCUCGAUGAGGACGAGCUCUUGGCUGCCAUGUCGUCCGUCGACGUCUUGAUCGCCGAGCUCGUCAAGAGCCCUAAGGACUUAUGGAACGGCAUCACCGCGUCUUACUCGGACCUCUACCUCAACCGGUGUUACAUCCUUGCCAUGCGUGCCAGGAUCCCGAAGUCGUCGAGGGAAGAGCGCGAUGCCAUGAUAGCGGCCAACCAAGCCGCGGUGAACACGGUGCAGCAGCUCGCAAAGAUGCAUCAGAAGCUGGAGAUGCAGCAGCUGGAGAAGAUAAGAGACAUCUGCGAGGCCGCCCUCGAGGACAUGGACACCCUCCCGGAUAAGAUCCGCUACAUGAAACCGCUGCUGGACGACAAGUUCGUGGCGUACAUGGGGGACGCCAUCCAGACGGAGCGCGAGGCCAUCGAGAAGAGGGGGCUCAACCCUGACCGGGAGCCGAGCCGGUGGCUGCAGGUGCUGGGGGUGAUACAGAAGGGCGUGAUGGCGGAGCUCCAGAAGAGUGUGCACCAGGACGUGGAGCUGAUUUCCCACGUGCUUCGGAUGAAGGAGCCGGAAGAGCGGCUCGCGCUCCUCAACAUCACCAUCUCGACGCUCCCGUCCAUGUACAUCCGGGGCUUCAAGCGUACCGCCACGAACAUCGUGGACUACUACGAGGCGAUGGGAGACAACUGCAUGGAUCAAGACCUAAGGUCGAUGGUUCUCGAGAUCGGCGAGAACCUGAAAGUUCUCAUGUCCGAGGAGAGGAUGGCGGUCCUCACCAAGGAGAUCGACGACUGGGCUGCCAAGAAGGCGGAGGAGGAUAGCACGGAGAGCAAGCUGCGUCGUCUGAGAGAGUACGAGGCGGAAGAUCUGGAGCUGCGCCGCGCCACCGCCUCUGGCCUGUGGAACAAGCAGAUGCACCCGGACGCGACGAUGGACACCGAGGAGAAGGCGGAGAUCAGGAAGCUCACGGACGCGCUCAAGGGACAGAAUCUCCUGAGGUCAGGAAAGGUCCAAAACACGCUCGCUGCCAGAGGCCUCGGUCAAACCGGCGACGGUUUCAACAACAACGAUGUCAUCGACAGCGACAGCGACGACGACUUUGUCUCUGGAGGUUUCGGCAUGAGCGAAGGAGGGAUGGAACUUGACUCCGACUACGACGAUUUGGACGAUUUGGACGAUUUGGACGACGGCGGUUACACCGACGAAGCCGACCUCCGCCGCAAGCUCAACCGCCUCGCCGGCCCGGGAGGCGCGAUGGAGGCCGAGUCUCGCGAGGCCCCUCACCUGUUCUCGCCCGGAGGGCCCCUCGAGUCUCCGGAGAUGGCGAGGGCUCUCGGCGGACCCGCCGGUGGAAGCGGCGCCAGUGGCGGUGGUGGCUUGAGCGGGGGCGCUUUCGGGGCCGGCGUGCCGCAGCUGUCCGAGCUCGAGAAAGAGGUGGCGGCGGACGUCGGGGAGAUGAGCGACGCGUUCUCAGACGUACGAGCUUACUCUAGCGAUUCUUUGCCGCGUCCCCCCUCGGUGCUGGCGACGGAGGAAGAGGAAGAAGAGAGUGGUACGGGAGACGAGUGGGGAUCAUUCGAUGAUGACGACUGGCUGGGGAAGUCGUCGAAAGAAGGCACAGGAGGCGGCGGCGGGGAAGAGGAGGAGGAGGCGCUGUUACGACCGCGGGGGGCGGGGAUGGGAGAAAGCGUCCCCGGGUUGCUGGGAGGCGCGAGGUUCGGGAAAAAUCUCGCCGCCAGGUUGGAUGACGUCGAUGGGGAGGAGGGGAUCGUGGAUGGGGUUCGUGACGAGGCGACGAGGUCCACAGGCAGAAGAUGACAGGAGCUAAAGCUAGCAACCACGGGUUUUGGCCUCUCGACCCCCCCCCGCCCAGCAGCCAACGCUUUCGUGAAGUUGUUUAGUCAUGGAGUUUGAUUCUUCUCCACUGAUCGGCAACGAAUCUUGUCUCAGGCUACCGUGUUGGUCCUCUGAAGAGAGAUAAUUCCCGUUUUAUGGUGGUUCCGCGGUCAAGAGGCGUGAUCACGUAGUCUUCUGCAGGCAGCCAGCAGUUGCGGUUCCCUUGGAAUGGGAGGUCGCAGAGAUAGGACCGGUUGCCCUGCUGUACAUGGGGGGUGAAAUCGAGGGACACACGCGGAUGGGGUAGUAUUCAAGUCGCCUCGAUACCCUUGACAGUGCUGGGUGCUUGGUGUAAGGCCGGCCGAAUCCCUUGGCACGAACUAUGCGGCCUUACCCAGAGGCAACGUGUGAUUUUUUUCCAGGCAAGAGAACAGCAGCAUGGCCCGAGACGAUGACUGUAUGUUUCAGGCAGGGGGGGGCAGUAGACG